UAUAUCUGUCUCACCAUUUUACCUGUAUAAUACGUAUGACCCUUUUAUUUUCCUCAAUAUAUUUUCUUAGCUUUAUAAAUACACCUCUCUCCCCAUUUUCCUCAUCUGCUGCAAUGCCGAUUCAAGCUCAGAUAUUCGUCUCUGGUGGAUGCCACGACGAGAAAGCCUACGGAUUAAACAAUCUCCGCUGCUACCAUUCUAAUUCCAACCGUCAUCAUCUCUCUAUCCCUCACAUCGUCUCCGCUCAAUUCCACAAUCAACCAAUCGAGAUUGAUCACUACCUCAAUUCACUGAACGAGAGCUUGAGAAUGGCGCUGCAGGAGCAGCGGCGGCGGCAGACCGCGCUCCUGGUGAGGAGCUACGAAUCGACGAUUCAGUCUCUGCUGAAGCAGAGAGACGACGAUAUCUCGAGAGCGGGGAGGAGGAAUGUGGAGCUGGAGGAGUGCGUGAGGAGGAUGGAGAUGGAGAAGGCGACGUGGCAGAGAUUGGCGCAGGAGAGCGAGGCGAUGGCGGCGUCGCUGAGGAAGGAGGCGGCGGAGGAGGACGCGGGGUCGUGCUGCGUGGAGAGAGAGAGAGAAGGAGAAGAAGAGGAGGAGGGAGAAUCGAGGAAGAUGGUUUGCAGAUGCUGCAAUUCUAGGAAAUCGUGGGUGAUAAUGCUGCCGUGCAGGCAUCUCUGCUCAUGCAGAGAUUGCGAUGCGUUUCUCGAUUCCUGCCCUGUUUGCAAUGUCGCCAAGAAAGCAAGUUUGGAAGCUCUGCUUUGACAUUUUUAUGUAUUUAAUUUAAAAUUUUAAAAAAUUACUAGUUCUUGGUUUUUGAUAUACAUCGGCUCAAUGUUUUUUUUAAUUAGGUUUUAGUUGUAGAGAAUACUAACUUUGGUUGAUCGAUGAUGUGUAUAUUGUCAUUUGUCACACUUGUUUGUCCCUUUGUGUAGUUCCUUAUUAGGUUUGGGUUCGUUUCGAAAUUAUUAAAAAUUUUACAAAAGAA